AUGAGGCUCGAUACGAAACAUAUGCGAUAUCUGACCCCCGAAGACUGGAGGACCCUCACAGCCGUUGAGACGGGCUCAAAGAACCACGAAGUCGUCCCUACAGCGCUCAUCGGACAAAUAUCUGGGCAGCGAGGAGGGGUACAUAAAAAUAUAUCUGCGCUGGCGAAAGUCGGACUGAUCGCACGUCUCAAGAAUGCCAAAUAUGAUGGAUACCGCCUGACCUACGGAGGACUCGACUACCUUGCCCUUAAUACAUACCGCAAGCGCAAAGAUGUCUACAGCGUCGGGAAUCAGAUUGGUGUGGGCAAGGAGAGUGACAUCUUUGUAGUGGCAGACGAGCAGGGAGUUCAGAGAGUUUUGAAGAUACACAGAUUGGGGCGCAUAUCUUUUCGAACGGUCAAGGCGAAUCGAGAUUACUUACGGAAUCGAUCAUCGGGUUCUUGGAUGUACAUGUCCAGACUGGCAGCACUCAAAGAGUUUACCUUCAUGACGGCAUUGCGAGACAACGGGUUCCCAGUUCCAGAACCUCUGGCUCAGUCAAGACAUACGAUAGUCAUGUCAUUGAUUGAUGCUUUUCCCAUGCGCCAAAUAUCAUCAGUUCCAGACCCGGCUUCUCUCUACGCUGAACUCAUUGCCAUGAUAAUGCGCCUCGCACAAUACGGACUUAUCCACGGCGACUUCAACGAGUUCAAUAUUCUGAUCAAGGAGGAGAUAAAGAAGGAGACCGUGGAUGAUAAGACGACUGAAACCCUUGUUCUCACUCCAAUCCUCAUUGACUUUCCUCAAAUGGUCUCAGUUGACCACGGAAAUGCCGAGUACUAUUUCGACCGAGACGUGAACUGCAUUAAGCGAUUCUUUGAAAGACGUUUUCAUUUUACAAGCGAUGCGAAGGGCCCAUACUUCAAGGAUGCGAGAAAAUUGAUCGGGAAGGAUGGUGUCACCAGACUCGAUGUUUCAGUAGAGGCGUCUGGAUUCUCAAGAAAGAUGGCCAAAGAGCUCGAGGCGUACAUGAAAGAAGUUGGCGUUGAUGGUGAUGGCGAUCCAAAUGCAGCUCGUGGCGAUGAGGAAUCCUCGGAUGGUGAAGGUGGAACGAGUGAAGAGGAUGCAGAUGCCGUGGAAGAUGGACAGGAAGUCCAAAGUGAUCGCGAGACCAAAGGAUGCAGCCCACCUUCCCAACACACAACCGAGUACGAAUCAACUGGUUUGAAGGAUAGCCUGGGAAAUGACAUUCUGAUAUCAAAACUUGAAAUCAAGGAUGGAACUUGA